CCCUCCCCCGCCGCCGCGCGCCGAGCCCCCAUUCCCCAGCCGCCGCCCGGGUCGCUCGCUCCGCGCCUCCCUCUGCACGGGACGAUGGCGCGCGGUGGCCACGGCCGCCGCCUGGGGCUCGCCCUGGGGCUACUCCUGGCGCUGGCGCUGGCGCCCCGGACGUUGCGGGCCAAGCCCAUGGUGCGCAAGGAGCGCGUGGUGCGGCCCGACUCCGAGCUGGGCGAGCGGCCCCCCGAGGACAAUCAGAGCUUCCAAUACGACCACGAGGCCUUCCUGGGCAAGGAGGACUCCAAGACCUUCGAUCAGCUCACCCCGGACGAGAGCAAGGAGAGGCUGGGGAAGAUUGUGGAUCGAAUUGACAGUGAUGGGGAUGGCUUUGUCACUACCGAGGAGUUGAAAAUUUGGAUCAAACGGGUGCAGAAAAGAUACAUCUAUGAUAAUGUCGCUAAAGUCUGGAAGGAUUAUGAUAGGGACAAAGACGAUAAAAUUUCCUGGGAAGAAUACAAACAAGCCACCUAUGGCUACUACCUAGGAAACCCCGCAGAGUUCCAAGAUAGUUCUGAUCAUCACACCUUCAAGAAGAUGCUACCACGUGACGAGAGAAGGUUCAAAGCUGCAGACCUCGAUGGGGACCUGACAGCCACUCGGGAGGAGUUCACUGCCUUUCUGCACCCUGAGGAGUUUGAGCAUAUGAAGGAAAUUGUGGUUUUGGAAACGCUGGAGGACAUCGACAAGAACGGGGAUGGGUUUGUGGACCAGGACGAGUACAUUGAGGAUAUGUUUUCCCAUGAGGACAAUGGCCCUGAGCCAGACUGGGUUUUGUCCGAGCGGGAGCAGUUCAGUGAUUUCCGGGAUCUAAACAAGGAUGGGAAGCUGGACAAGGAUGAGAUUCGCCACUGGAUCCUUCCUCAAGACUACGACCAUGCCCAGGCUGAAGCCAGGCACCUGGUGUACGAGUCAGACAAAAACAAGGAUGAGAAGCUAACGAAAGAGGAAAUAUUGGACAACUGGAACAUGUUUGUUGGAAGCCAAGCCACCAAUUAUGGGGAAGAUCUCACAAAAAAUCAUGAUGAACUUUGAUAGACACUCACCAUAAUAAGGCAGACUGUCACAGGCUUGCUUUUAUUGUCGUGGGUGGUUGCUACAGUUGUCUACUUUCAGCAGUGUAUCCCCAAAAAAGUAAUUAUACCUCAGAUUGGGGUAAAAAUUAUUCACUCCAUAUUUACUGGAAAACGAUCAUUACUAUUUUUUCAGUAAGAUUUCUCUUAAAGCACAUUAAAAUAUUGGCAAAUCACAAUUCUCUAUGGGGAUACAUUGUUACAACAUGACUUUUAAAGGUUUUUUUCCCACUAAAUGAAAGGGGAA